AUGUCGAGCUGGACGCCUUCGCCAGAGGGACUACAGGAGCUACUCUCAUGCCUGCGGUCCUCGGGCAGCCCCGACACAAAGGUCCAGCAGCAGACGCAGGAGCGGCUCGAAUCGUUCAACGAGAUCCCGGGUUACAACUCGUACCUCGUCUACAUCCUCACCCAGAUGCCCGGCGAGGACGUGACGGUGCGCUCGAUGGCCGGCCUGCUCCUCAAGAACAACAUUCGCAUGCGCCUCGAGUUAUUCGAAUCGGACGUCGUCGCCUACGUGCAGGCCAACAUCUUCACUGCCAUCGGCGACUCGACGAGCAUGAUCCGCAACACCGUCUCGACCGUCAUCGACACGCUCCUCGUCGAGUUGGGACCCGAGAAGUGGACAGAGGGACUGAGCAAGCUGAUGGAGCUCGCCGACUCGGACGACCAGCUCGCACAAGAGGGCGCGUUCAACGCUCUCGACAAGCUGUGCCAGGACAUCCCGAAGCGGCUCGAGCAGCUCGAGGUCGGCGGCCAGCGCCCGCUCGACUAUAUGAUUCCCAAGUUCCUCACCCACAUCGACUCGCCCUACCCCAAGAUCCGCAACUUUGCCCUCUCCUGCGCCAUCCAGUUUAUCUCGCCCGACAACAACGCCCUGACUCUCCACCUCGAGCCGUUCGUCGUCGCGCUGUUCAAGCAUGCGACGGACGACUCGGUUGACGUCCGCAAGACGGUCUGCCAGGCGCUCGUCCAGCUCCUCGCGACUCGGCCCGACGUUCUCGUCCCGCACAUGGCCAGCGUCGUCGAGUUCAUGCUCUACUCGACGCAGGACACGACGAACGAGGAGGUCGCGCUCGAGGCUUGCGAGUUCUGGCUCACGUUUGCCGAAGACCCGGAACUCGUCAACCAGCUCCGACCGUACUUGCCCAAGGUCGUGCCCGUCCUCCUUCAGAGCAUGGUCUACUCGGAAGACGACAUCCUGUUGCUCGACACGGAGGAGGACGACGCGGCAGUGCCGGACAAGGCGUCCGACAUCAAGCCUCACCUCCUCUCUUCCAAGGCGCACACGAACGAGCGACUAGAAGAUGCCGAGCGCGCGAACGGGCAGGGCGGCCACAUGUCCCGCGAGCGGGCAGAGGAUGACGAGGACGAGGAAGAGGACGACGACGACGAGUACGACGAGGACGAGGAGGCCUACACCGAGUGGAACCUCCGCAAGUGCUCGGCGGCGGCGUUGGACGUCAUGGCUGUCGCGUUCGAGGCGGAGCUCCUCGAGGUCUUGCUGCCGUACCUCAAGGAGAAGCUCUUCUCGCAGGACUGGCUCGAUCGCGAGAGCGGCAUCCUCGCUCUCGGCGCCAUCGCAGAAGGCUGCAUCACCGGCAUCGAGCCUCACCUCCCCAUCCUGAUGAACUUCCUCGUCAACUCGCUCAACGACAAGAAGCCGCUCGUCCGCUCCAUCGCGUGCUGGACAAUAGGCCGGUACUCGAGCUGGACGAUCAAGGAGGACGCGACGGCCGAGCACAAGCAGCAGUACUUCGUCCCGGCGAUGGAGGGCCUCUUGCGGAUGUGCCUCGACAACAACAAGCGGGUGCAGGAGGCGGGUUGCUCGGCGUUCGCGACGCUCGAGGAGGAGGCUGGGCCGGAGCUCGAGCCGUUCCUCGGGUCCAUCCUGUCGAACCUCGUCUACGCCUUCAACAAGUACCAGCAGAAAAACCUCCUCAUUCUCUACGACGCCAUCGGUACCCUCGCCGAUGCCGUCGGCUCCUCCCUGAACAACCAGGCCUACAUCGACAUCCUCAUGCCGCCUCUCAUCGCCAAGUGGGGGGCGCUCGGUGACCAGGACCCUGACCUCAUCCCCCUUCUCGAGUGCAUGUCGUCCGUCGUCAUCGCCAUCGGUCCCGGUUUCGCGCAAUACGCCCAGCCCGUCUUCAACCGCUGCAUCUCAAUCGUCAAGCAGUCGCUCAUCGAGUUCCAGCAGUACCAGCAAGAUCCGAUCAACUACGACGAGCCCGACAAGACCUUCCUCAUCGUCUCGCUGGAUUUGCUGUCUGGCCUGACGCAGGGCCUCAACACCGCCAUCACCCAGCUCUACUCGCAGAGCGAUCCUCCCGUCCUCACCCUCCUCUCGCUCUGCCUCCAACAUCCCGACGCGCCCGUCCGCCAAUCCUCAUAUGCCCUGCUCGGCGACACCGCAAUCUCGUGCUUCCCCAUCCUGAAACCGACCCUCGCUCAGUUCAUGCCCGUCCUCAUCUCGCACAUCGACGUCGAGCCUCGACUCGCCGAGGUCUCGGUCUGCAACAACGCAGCAUGGGCGGCAGGCGAGAUCGCGCUGCAGGCAGGGUCCGACAUGGAGCAGUGGGUCAACCCGCUGAUGGAGCGGUUGGUGCCAAUCCUGCUCAGCUCGAAGGCGGCGCGGAGCUUGACGGAGAACUCGGCGGUCACGAUUGGUCGACUUGCGAUCGUCUGCCCGCAACUCGUCGCGCCUCACCUCGAGGUAUUCGUGUCGGCAUGGUGCCAGGCGCUUGCCGACAUCAAGGACAACGAGGAGAAGGACUCGGCUUUCCGCGGAAUCUGCGCCGCGAUCCAGGUCAACCCGAACGGCAUCUCGGCGGCAUUCGGCUACUUCCUGAAUGCCGUCGCUCGCUGGACCCGGCCAUCCGACCAGCUCAACGAGAUGUUCAAGACGAUUCUCCUCGCCUUCAAGGGCAUGUCGGAAGGCCCAGCAUGGGACGCGCAGCUCGCGCACCUUCCUCCCGUCAUCGUCCAGCGUCUCCGCGAACGGUAUGGCGUCUGA